CACCACCUCACUUGUGUACAUAUCCCUCUGCCAUCGUCACCAUCAAACUCAAGCAUUCACCUCGCCAUAGAACAUGCUGCCAAGAUCACGCAACUUACUUCGCCACCACACACGCAUCGCUCUCCUCAGUGCGCCCGCCUCCUCCUCAUCCUUGCACAUCUCGCCACGCCGCGCCGCUCAGCCCAUCAAUCCAUCCAAUUCCGUCGAUGCUCGUCUGGGGGUCAUCGCCCCUCCAGCUCCGUCUGCCAAGGGAGAGAAGGAGCUGUCAGGGGAAGACAAGUCCUUCAUCGUCCACCCUCGACCUGGUCCGAACCCGAAUGAUCUGUCGGAUCUGCUGCGAGGGCCCUCUGGAGGGAAUGCCAAGAAGCAAGAUGGCGGGAUCGAAGGCAAGAGACAGGGGAUGAUUCAAUCUGUCAAGGGCACAGCAAUUGGAGCUCGUAGGCGCGGCACCACCAUCCCCUCAACCGAUCUUGAUGACGUCUCUGUAAUGGAGGAGGAGGCAAGACAAAGGGCUGCUGCUCAGGAGGAAGGCAACGACGGGCCGUUAGGCAAGAAGGGACCAGUGGAUAGGGAGAGCCCUCACAGCAUUGACCAGCUGCAAGGUCGGAACGAGCUCGAUGAACGAGUGCUGAAUGCAGCUCGGGCGACGUACGUUCAUGGCAAAGGCGCAAGUCUGAGGACGCUCAACGAUCAGUUCGUAUCUGAGUCAUACAAGAUCCUCCCCAUCGAGCUGCCGUACGAGUCUACGCCACACGAGGAGAGGAAGGUGCCACUGCCUAGGACAGAAACGACUACAGUGCCCAGCGUCGAAGAGGAUGAUGGCAUCCUCUUGUUGGCCUUUGUCGACAAUGUCGAUGCUCCUCGGGGUCAGGAGAAGAUCUCGGUCUGCACUGGUUUUGGCGUCGAGGGUGGUGCAGAGCUUGCUGCGCAGGAAGGCCGAGAUGGGGGCGAGCUCGUCGUCAGUGUCGCCCACACACUCAGAAGCUCAAUGCCUGCUGCCUCGAGAAAAUUGGCAGAGGGGCAGGGUCAAGACAAGUCAGCAGCCUUGGCAAUCACUCGCAAGGGCCUUGUCUUUCCUGUCGAGCAGCUCGUCUCUUCGCUGCCCAACUCGGAUCUGGUCUUGCUGAGACUGUCAAAAGAUCCCUUGCCAGUUCAAGACCAUGAUACAAUUGACUUCGCAUCUGCCACAAAGUCCGCGGCCUCAAGCAGCAAACCGAUCAAGACCCUACCUAUCUCUCCCUACCCAGCGCCUCAGCACGCACACCUCUGCGUCUCCUCCUUCUGGGGCUUCGAGGAUGACUCGGGCUGUGCUGUACCUCGCUUCAGCUUCAACAACCCCUCUUCGUCUUCUGCUGCCCAAGGACCACCCUCUUCGUCCUUACCAGCAUCUAGCCUCUCCGUUCUCCCUCCAUCCCCGCCUCCGCCUGGUAGGUCGGCGGCAGAAGUACACUCGGAAGGCGACUCGAUGAAUCAGUCUCGCUGGGGCGAGGUACGUCUCGUGGAAUACAAGGACGGGAAAGGUUCCGAGGCUCAGCCAGGCACAUAUGAUUCACUGGAAACACUCGAGUACAAGCUGGUCCAGGAUAGUUUGAUCAAUCCAGCUGUGCUGAAGGGUGAGAAGCCCAAGUUCAUCCCACAGGCAGCAGUGUCUGUGGGACGGGGCUCUGGAGCAGCCAGCUCUGCAGCGGCGGCAUUACAGGAAGUCAAAUCGUCACAGCCAUCCGGACAAGAUGGAAGUGCUGGAGAUGCUGGCAAAGGCUACGGCGGGUAUGGAGUCCCAAACUUCCCACCUCCCGGAUCCAGUGGCGGGCCGAUUGUCGAUAUGAGCACAGGGGCCGUCGUUGGAGUCACUCGUGGCUCCAAGAUGACAACACUCGGUGGAAGGAGGGGAGAGGGAGUGCCCAGCGAGAAGAUAUUUGAAUUCUUCACCCUCCCUGGCAUGGGCAAGAAGCGACCCUCUUCUGCAUCAACAUCCAGGUCCAGCAGCUCGAACACGCAGCGACAGAGCUCUCUGUCGUCGAGCCAGACACAGAAGCGCUCUCUCAGCACCUCGGCUCGGCUGAGGGAGGAAGCUUCUACGCCCGCGGCAGGAGUUCCAAUUGGUCAGAUCGAUCAGCGUCUAUCUCUGACCUUUACUUGUGCGGUUCCGGACUGCGGCCAUCGAUCUACUCACGAGUUCUCCAAAGCCUCCUACACGAAAGGCAUCGUUCUGGUCCAAUGCCCAGGUUGCAAGAAUCGCCACCUCAUUGCAGACAAUCUUUCAUGGUUCACGCAGAGCUCAUCGGAACCCAAGACGGUAGAAGAGAUGGUACGAGCAAACGGCGGCAGGGUCCGCACCGGCAGGAAGACGGUAGAUGGCGAGGGAGACCAGGGUGAGACGAUGGAGAUCCUCACCGACAGCGAUUGGGCUGAGGUCGAGAAGAAGUAGAUAUUCGACCUUGUACUAUGCUCCUACAUUGUGAAACAUCAUUGCAACGCUACACUCGCAGACUACGUUCUC